AUGCGUUGCUUUUUCACUUUUAUGUGGCUGUUAGCCACUACAUCCCUUGCUUUCCCUACUGGCGAUAAAAGCUAUGUCUUUAGGUGUGGCGCCACGGGCGCCUUUAGGCCUUUACAACAAAAUACAAAAAGUUAUUAUACCAAAAUCAAUCUUCCUCCGUCGUCGUAUAAACGUUCAAUAACUCCAACCAUAACUGGACAUCAUUUCACCAAGGAAGAAUAUACCUGGCUUCAGGAAAGGUCACUUGCCGACGUUAGUUUUGCUGGUCUUAAUGAAGCGACCAGCGCAUUAAAAGACCUGUUUGGGAAGAACGGUAUCCCCUGGGUUAUUUCCGGUGGCUGGGCUUUAGUCCUUUACGGAGAACCUGAGCGAACUACGCCUGAUAUUGACAUUAUAGUUCAAACUACAAUGUCCAACCUUAAAAAGCUUUUGGAAGCCGAUGGACGGUUCCUUAUUCCUGCAGAAAAUUGGUGGCCAGACAAGUCACAUUUGCAAGUUUUUUUCAAAGCCCAAAACAAAUAUAUAGAUGUGGAUAUGAUUAUAGCCGGCCAGAAAAACUCGGUUCAAGAAGUCGCUAGUAUUUCCAGAUAUCUUCCAACGACGUACAAUGAUGGACAGCUUUCUGCGCCUGUGAUACGACCUGGCCCUCUUUUUGUCUCGAAGCUUCUGGGCCUGGCUUGGCCGAAGCGGCGCAAGACCAGUCAGGAUGUUAAAGAUAUUACCUACUUGGUGAAUAAUUACUACAACGAGUUAACUAACGUGGCAUUGGAGAUCCCUUUACCGCGACGGCUACAGGUGACAAAUUAUCUUACUUUAUUACGGUCGAGCUCGGCUGAAAAAGUUGAAAGGCUGUUUAACAUAAGGGAUUAA